UUCAAUGAAACGUUGAGUCAUUCGAUUCCAUUAGACAGAAUAGGAGAGGAUUUAAGACAUGAAGAAUGUAAACAAAAGAACUGGAAGUUUAGCUCCGAUCUGAAAGUUAGUGUUGUUAUUCCAUUUGUAAAUGAACCCUGGUCAACUUUACUAAGAACUGUCAUCAGCGUGCUUAUCAAGAGUCCGAAGCAACAAAUCUUAGAGGUCAUCCUUGUGGAUGACCAAAGUGAUCGCGCAUAUCUGUUGGAGCCCUUUGAAAGACUCGUUAGUACAUUUAAGUUAUUGCGCUUGAUUCGGACUCCGUUUCCUAUGGGCGUUGCUAGAAGUAGGAACUACGGUGCUAGACAUGCCGUGGGAUCAGUCUUACUAUUUUUGGAUUCACAUUGCGAAGUGAACGUAGGUUGGAUGGAGCCGCUUCUAGAAGCCAUAACUGAAGAACCAACGCGAAUAGCUGUUUGCACCAAGGAUCACAUAUUAUCAACUACUCUGGAAAUUCACGGAACCGAUCCCAACAGUUACCAAAUAGUGUUUAACUGGCGACUUGGUGCUGCAUUCGAUGCCUUUCGUCCCGAUUUAUUAGAAAAAUACAAUAUGACAGAUCCUAUGCCACAGGUGUCUUUAAUGGGCCAAGUCAUCGCCGUAAACAAACAAUAUUUUCGAGGUAUUGGAGGCUUUCCGGAUUAUUUUGACGGUUGGGGUGCGGAGGAUGUGGACCUAUCUAUAAAAUCUUGGCUGUGUGGCGGAGGAGUUGUAAAAUGUCGCUGUUGCCACAUUACACAUCUACAGAAGAAACGACCCUACGAAAUCCAGAACAAUCCACAAAUUAACGUACGGUACAUCGCAGAUUUAUGGUUAGAUGAAUUCAAACCAAUUUUCCAAUGCACAACCACCGCUUUGGGCCCAAUUGACUCUUCAGUUCUACUUCGGACCAAAACACUGAAAGAGAAACUAAAGUGUAAACCAUUUAAAUGGCUGCUAGAGAAUGUUUAUCCGGAGCUUGAAAUUCCA